GGCACGUGUUCUGGAAAAAAAGCAUGCAUAAUUUCAGUACUUUAUAACAGUUCUAAACCUUGACACGUCAUUACUCUGGAACCAUCCCGUAUAAAGCGAGUCUGAAGCAUCGAAAGUCUACGGUGGUAACACGAGGCGAAUAAACGAUUUAAUGCUUCUGUUUUCUCAUUUACAAACUUGGAUACCAUUCAGCUCGAACGUCAAGAAAAAUGGAUAUCCGUUUGGCUAAUACCAUCACUGUCGGCAUUGUGGUCUGUGUCUUCGUUCUCCUGAUCGGUGGAGGGGUCAAUGAAGUCCAGAGUCAGUCAACCAUACGGUCAGCUCUGCUAACAAAAACACAUACACCAGCGCCUCAACCACCAUUCAGAGAGUGUUCCUGCAGCUCCAGUCCUUGCCAUCAUGGUGGAGAAUGUAUCGACCGACGUGUGGGUAAUGGAAUCUCGGCUAUCAUAGACUUUACAUGUGAAUGCAAAGAUCAGUGGGAAGGCAACGUGUGUCACACAUGUAACAGUACAACUAACGAGAUCAAGUGCUCUAACCUGUGUUACAACCGAAGGAAUGAGAUAUGUGAAGAUGGAGGACAAGGUUCUGUGACACCAAGCCUUUGUGCUCUAGGUUCUGAUUGCGAUGAUUGUAACUCCCGGUGUCUCCCAACAACAUUGUAACUUUACCCGAGGGACGCAUGCGCACUGGGGUACAACAUUGGGAAGAUCUUACCAGGAAAUUGGACAAACUGGAGACAUUUUGACGUUUUACGGUUUAACUCUGGUUCUUAGUAUCCACCUAGGGUUACGUGGCGAUCCUAAAUAACUUUUCUUUUAUUGAUAAAUUGACUAUAAAAUAUCACAACUCAGUUUCAUGAAAGUCACAACGUGGGGAUUGGGCUCUAAGAAUCCGGAACUAGAACGAAUAUUAACAUUUUAAAAUGGAAUCCGGGCAUAUUUAUGAAUAAUUUGGCAGAAAGUCACUAAUACUAUUUGAUUGAUCACAGUUACCUAUCUAUUCAAUUAUAGUUACUUAUGAUUUCUGCCAGGAGACAAGUAAACUAUGUAUGUCUAUUUUCGUUUCUGAUGACAUCUGAUUAUACAAUGUAAUAUGAAAGAUCCUUCUGUAUUAUUUAUUACAGACUAUAUCAAGGUAACAUAACAAUAUAUUAUUUUAUACCUUUCACUGGAAACUUUUGAGUAGUCAGUUUUUAUUUUGUUUUAAUGAUUAAUUUAUAUGACUGAUUGUUUUCAAUCAUACAAUUUCGCUCUUAUAUUAUUAUUCUGUGAAAUAUUGUAUUUUCGGAAUAUACUUGUAAUAUCACCUCAAGUAGAAUACGACAAACUCAUUGUCAAUAUUAUUCGGAAUAAAAUUUGCCUAAUAAGGUAUUCCUUUUCGAUUGUUUACAGUUUUAUGUUUAAUAUGUAAUCGUAAACGCUUUCAAGAAAUCUGUGAACAUAUAUGAAGAGUGCCGUUUCGAGUGUAACCAUAUAUUGAAAAAAUAAUAUCGACUUCAAAUAGUUGAUCAUUUCAGCUUAGACUGUCUGGUUAAAAGUUUUGAAGCAUGGAUAAGAAUCAGUUUUAGAACUCAAAAAUUACCAGUCAAAAUGCAAUGAGGAGUGACCAUUAAUUUCCCAUCUGUCAUAUACAUUUUGAAGAUGCUGGAUUGUAUGAAAGCUCGAAUCACGAUUUAAACUAUUAAGGGUUAUUAUUGUAAAUCGAAUAUUCAUUGUGUUGUCACCCUUCGCUCCUUUCAUGUGGUGAUUUUACUUUUAAAUAAGUAGGACGUACUAAUAUUUUUGAAGAGAAAAAGAAAUAUCCUCGCUCUUUGACGAGACGUCCGUGAAAAACAAAUAUGGAUAUAAGAGGUCAAUAUUCCUACGCCCACUUGUACAUUUCUGUUAAGAGACCUGUAGAAUUUAAACACAAAUGCCUUUCAAAGAAAAGGACAAAUAUUUUCACCCUCAAAUCAGACAUUUCUACAUAUUUGACCGAAGAGUAUUUACAUUAUAAAAGAAAGACAGAAUUAAGGGGGUUUAAUAUCUAAACGAGCACACUGUCCUCUACAAAGCGGCUACUGAAAACUGUCACUGCCAUGGUAACUGAAAUGCAUUCAUAUUGUUUUUAUCAUAUAAAAUAAAAACAUUUGCAGCAUUCUAUGGAUCAUUAAUAAUAACAAGAAAUAAACAAGAUAAAUUAGAGUUAAGAUAAAAAGCGUAUAGAGGAUUAACAAUCGUAGAUAUUAAUAUCUGGAGGCCAUUGGGGACAACUACCGAAAGAAAAUCAGAAGGAUAUAUUUCAAUAUUAUAUUUACUCUAUGUAAUACAUUGUGACGGCCAAUUUAAGCUUGAUAAUAAGAAAUACUAAAUCCAGCCAGCAGAGUGGUAGAAAAUGAUUAUCAAAUAUUCUAGGCCAAUGUGUCCUCAGAAUUAUAUGAAACAAUGUGGGAUAAGAGCAAACAAGAGUGAUUAUACAUAACUAUGUUUAAUCUAAAGAGGGCAGAUCCAAUAGUGCAAAAUAGUGAUCUGUACAAAACUGAGAGGCUUGAGGUGAAUAAGAAGCAAAUAUUAAGGGAAAAUUAUAAUAAUUCCAGAAUCAGUAUUGAGCUAUCGUUCCGCUGACAAUGACACAGUAACAUGGCCAAUUUAAAGUGUAGGCGCCAUGAAAGAUCAUAAUGAAAGUAGGCCGUGUCACGUUUUCAUCAAUUUUCAAAACACUCCAGAUUCUUCUUCCCAGCAUCGAGUGUUCUUAUAAAAUAGGUCGUGGGUUAAAUCGAUUUGUCUAUUUUAUUCAUCACAACUUAUAUGUAAUAACAAUAUAAAUAGAACAUAAAAAAGAAAGAAGGUAUAGAAAACUGCGACAAGUUUCGACUUGCUCUUCCGAAUUCCGUCGAUAAUCACUUCCCUCCUCGAAGCCAAACUGGACUUCCAUGAUGAACCCCAACCCCGGAAGACCCUCGAGGCUGUGGUCGAAUGCGAGAUCGAGUGUCCGUUGAGAAAAUAAACAAAAAUUAAUUAACGGCGAUGACGACAAUAGGUGACAUCGCCUCAGGGUCAGAAAUCGAAUGGUCAACAAGGCAGAAUGACCAGGAAGUGACCCUUUGUAUAGUUCAAGUUGGGGUAUGUAGGCCUACUAAAGUUAUGGGUUCAACAUCAGUUUCGUUUUCAAGAAGUUGGCUGAGCGACCCACAUUUAUGUUUUCUAUUUUUGUUUUGUUUUAUUUAUUUGGUGGCGAUUGUAAUUAUUGAUUAAGAAAUAUAUUUAAACAAAAAUCGGGACUCCCAACUCAGUAGGUAUUAAUUAUAAGAACAGUUUGUUGUAUGAAGUAUACAAUUGCCCGUUUUAUUUUGAUGUAAAUGUCUUACUUCAUGCGGCUACCACACACCUUAAGAUUUUAUUAGUGAGGGGGGAAGGGGGAACAAGGACAGUAAGAAAGGCUCGGAAGGGAAAGCAAUAAAUAGGACGUGUAACAAUCUACCUUUUUUAUUCUGAAAAUAAAAUGACCUUACUUUACCUUACCAUUGCCCUCAUCAUGUCAAAAUACACUACUGUCCAAGGCUCUACAAUUUUUAUUUUAUUCAUUCGUUGAAUAUUUUAUUUGAUUUGAGUUGGGCAUUAUGCAAAUAAUAGGCCUGCUAAUAGCACAUACACUUCAUUCCGUCAAAUAGGUCAAGUCCAACUCAACAGCAAGUUGACUUGUAUUAAUAGAAAACAACAUCUCAUCGAAUUUAGAAUGAAAAAUUGAUGCAUUAAAACUUCUGCUUUAUUUCACAAAGAUUAUGCAUUACGCAUGCGAAAAGCAAAUGAGACUAUGAGAGAUUAAUAAACGUCACACUGAUUAUUUUGUAUUUCAUGAUACUGUAAUAUGGAUGUACAUAUCUUUUUCAUUAAACUAAAAAAUCUGAUUUUAUUGUUGAAUAAGUAACAAUACUCAUGACACUCACUUAUUAAAAGGGCAGUCAAACCACAUUGUAAAUUUAGGUCAUGUGACAUCACUAGAACCAAGGACCUAUUGCUAGAACCUUCAUGUUAAGCAUAUGAUUAUGAAAUAGGGCAUAUACAUUUCUACCUUUAUAUCCGAAUUUGAUGAAAUAUUCGGCUUUUCUUUUCUAUAUAUUCAAAUAAACAGUUCAUAAGGGUAGACUUAGAAUGUAUUGCGUGGUGUGAAUUACUGAAUAGAUGAAGAAUUUAUUUCCAUUCAAUAAAUAUAACUCUUUGGGGGAACAUACAUAUUUUCCAUUUUGUAUUUUGUAAUAAUGGAAUUGAUGCGGGAUAUCUUUUUUUCGAUUUGGAU